GAAUUUUGCUAGAAACAAGCGAACGCUCUGUGAAUUUAGGAAAUAAAUAAAACUUGCAAGAAUGUUUCGUCUUCAACAAUCACAGCCAGAUCCAGCGGAGGAGCAGAAGCGAGUUGCGUCCGAGGUGCGAAUGAAUUUCUUCAUGUUUGGAGCCCUUUGCCUGGCCAUUCGCCUGGCGCCCAUUGCUCUGCAACAUUUGAAAACCGCGUAGCAGUAAUAUGUAUAUUUGGAACUAGAAGGAUGGCGAUACAAUUUUAAGUGCAAAAAAAACUAAUUCAGAUGCAUUUAUUCAAGCGCACGUGCACAAUUUACGGCUCUCGAUUCAUAAGAGGAAUACAUCCAUUAAUGCACAGACGUUAGGGCUUUAUGCUUCUUAUUGCGCUUGUAAUGUAAAUAAAACGUUUCAAAUAAAUGCCAUAAAAAACGCAAA